GUGAGAGUACUGAGUCAUGAAGUAAUAAAUCAUAAUUCAUAAUAAUUCUGUUUAUAUUAUAUUCUGCUUAUGAAGCAGAAAUCGAGAAGUGAAAUAAUGUUAUAUAAGAUAUAUAUUUGAGACUUUGCUUCUCUGCACGCUGUUGUUUUAUAACUUGAAGUUUUUCCUAUUAGCACCUAUGUUGUUUUGUAGUUUGAUUUGAAGCACGAUAUUUGAAGAUCAGUACUCAGUAGUGUAUUCUGUUUACCUAGUAUAAAAGUGGGUAUGUACAACAAACUAUGGCUGCAAAAGUUGAAUACUUAGAGAUUCGUAAUAGUAUCUGUAGCAUGGCAUGUCCGGAUCGUUAUCUGGUCCAGAUUAAAUAUAAAUUUCACCGUGAAAUCGACUCAAAUAGGCUAUAUGAUAGAAUAACAACAUUGCCAUACCUCAUUAGAAUCCUUGAAAAGCGGGACGUACUCAAUAUUGCUUGUAUUGAUGCUUUUCGAUUGAUUGCCAAGAUGUUAAACAACAAAAGGGUAGAUGCCUUGAUUGAGGGAUAUGGAAAGGCUAAGCAGCAUGUUAUUGCACCACCUCCAGCAGCUGUACAUAGACCAGUACUUGGGCCAAUACCUUCAGAGAAUCUUAAUAAUAUGAGAGUUUCAGCUCAUCAUAUGGAAAACAACCCAGUGAUACCCCUCCUGGACUCCGAUCCGCUUGUCAGAGUAAAGGACCUCAUUUGCUCAGACAUCGGCAAAAAGUGGAAGGACCUAGCGAGAGCCAUUGGCGUUCGCGAGGGCGAGAUCGAUUUGUUGGAAGAGAGGUACCCCAGGAUAUCCGAUAGGGUCCAGGAGGUCCUGAGAUUCCACGAACAAAAGAACGGUAACAGCAAAUGGAAAUUGUGCAACGCUCUGGAUAUAGCUAGGCGCAAAGAUUUGCGCAUGGAAAUUCAGGAAAUUUUCGAGGAGCACAAUAUGAUGUAAACCAGGUAGAUCAAAGGUAGGAGAGGGAUGGUGAACAGAAAUGGUAGUUCAAUUUACAGUGUAGGUUUCUGUAGCGUCACCUUGCGGAAAUGAAAGGAACCUUUCCUCAAACUCAAACCUAACUAGGCAAACGUUAAUUGACGUCACGGUUUACUGGUGGAGCUUGACAGAUGUCAGUU